UUUAUUUUCUGGUGGUUGACUGGACAGUGAAUGUAUGUAAAAUAAACUCUGUGGUAACCCCGGGCCCACGUGUGUGGAUUUAAGGUUAACAGAAAAAUUAAAAUAAUGGAAUCUGAAGCGUGUGUAAAGGAAAAAAUACUAGACAUGGAGGAGAUAGAAAAGAAUAUUCAGAAAAAUGUAGUGAAUUAUUGUAAAAUGUUGCCUGGCCAUGUUGAAAAAUGGAAAACGCUUUUGGGACAAGUUCAGAAACCCGCCAAAGCAUUGGGGAACUACUCAGAACAACUGCGUCAUGUCGAAUGCGCCAACAUAACUUAUCUCGAAAAUUUCACUGGUAUUCAAGAAACUUUGAAGUACAGAUUGUAUUGUGAAAUUGAAGAAGAGUUAAACCUGUUGAAGGGGAUCAUUGAUCAACUGAAUAAAUCGGUUCAAGAUCUGAAGAACAAACUUUCACUUCUAGAACGGUGUACAUUAGACCUAAACUGGGAGUCCAACUCACAACUUAUAAAAGGAUCACCUAUUCAACCACCCUUGUCUCUCAUUCUGGACAAAGGAUACGAAUUUUGCCUUUAUUUUUCAAAAGCAAUGAAAGUUAUAAACGAGAGAUUAAAGAAUAUAAACGUUAGAGAUGAGGAUUGUAUGAAGCAGUUUGAAGAAAGCUUCAACGUUAGCCUUGAAGAAGACUGUGUUCGGAAGUGUUUAGCGAUUGUACAAUAUAUUAAUAAUGAGAAAAACCUAACUUGAAAUAUAUAUCUUUGUCAAAU